CUCAGGAGGGCAGUCGCGUCGAAACGGCGCUCGAUGUUGGUUGGCGCGCGGACCGCGCGGUUUCGAACGACGGAGUUGGCGAGCGUGUUUCGCGCGCGCGUUACGACGAGACGACCGCGAUACAAAGUGGAAGCGCGAAUGAAUUCAAGUUCGCGACAACGGAACUGAAGUCCGGUGGAAGUUGGUACGGGCGAAGGUGUUCGGGCUGGACGGUUAAGUCCCGGUCUACGUCAGUCCAUCAGAUCGGGGGCUUAUCACCGCGACAUAAACAGGCGUGUGCCGUCGGCGAAUACGCACCGACGACGAGCUGCUGACGUUCCUUGCGACGGAUAUCUAUCUAUCUGGAGAGCUUUCGCUGCGACCGCUGUUUUCGAGCUCGAGAGAGCUUCGAGUGCCGCCGGUCGACUCGCGUCUCCUGAAUCGCCUCGUCUCGUCGUCGGGUUUACCGUGAAAAUCCAAAGGAGCGGACGGAGGGGUGUGCGGCUUGCGAUUCGCAUCUUUCGGCGACGGAGUGAACGCGAAAGAGAGAGAGAGAGAAAGAGUGGCGAGCGAAAAAGUCAAUUGGAUAGUCGGUUGGAUACGAAAGAACGCGAUUCUCUUUUUCUCUCUGUUCUCGUGGAGGAGGAUGCUUCCCCAUUUGAAGAACAACGACCUCGGCCGAGCCCAGGAUCUGAUGAUCGAGGCCGAGUCGAAACGUUGCAAUCGCGGCAAUAUCGUGGAGGCAGGUUGGUGUCCCGAAACUUGGGAUGGGUUGUCGUGUUGGAACUCGACGCCACCUGGAAAAUUGGCCUUCCAGCCUUGUCCCUAUUAUUUUAUAGGUUUCAAUGACCAGGCGAACGCCUCGAAGCAAUGUAUGUUGGAUGGUGAAUGGUUCUUUAACGUCGCAACUGGCACCACGUGGAGCAACUAUAGUCAAUGCUACACGCAGCAAACACACCUCCUACUGAAUACAUCGGACGUGCAGACCACUAACAUCACUCUCAUCAAGAAAUUCCUGCCGAUCGUGAAGACCAUCUCGAAACUCGGCUACACGAUCUCGCUGUUCACUCUCAUCUUCGCAUUUUGUAUCUUAGCUACCAUCAAGAAGUUGCGAUGCCCGCGGAACAUAUUGCACAUGCAUCUGUUCGCCUCGUUCAUGAUGCGGGCCUUCAUGGGGCUGCUGAAGGACAUGCUCUUCGUGUCCGGCAUCGGAACGUCGAACGUGGUGGUCCCGGACGGCGACGGUUACUGGCUGGUCGACGAGACGGACAACUGGCACUGCAAGAUGGUCACCAGCCUGUGGCAAUACUUCCUCCUGGCGAACUAUUUCUGGAUCCUGAUGGAGGGGAUAUACCUGCACAAUUUGGUCAUCCUGGCGCUCUUCACCGACGCCAACUCCAGCAUCGCUGCCUACAUCAUUUCCGGAUGGGGUCUGCCGGCCAUUUUCAUCUUACCCUGGGUAGUCACGAGGAUUAUGUUCGAGAAUACGUAUUGCUGGACGACCAAUCUGCAGCCUCUCGUCUUUCUCUUAAUACGUGUGCCCACGAUAUUCUCUAUUUUGAUCAACUUCGUGCUCUUCGUCAACAUUGUGUGGGUGCUGCUGUCGAAACUGAAGUCUAGCGUACUGGAGGAAACGCAGAGAUACAAGCAGUGGACGAGAAGCACGUUGGUUCUAAUGCCGCUGUUCGGGGUGCACUACGCGGUCUUCAUGGGUAUGUCGUACAGCAUCGGUAAGAACGAGACCGUGGAGGUCACAUGGCUCCUCAGCGACCAGCUGUUCGCGUCCUUGCAGGGCUUCUUCGUGGCGGUGCUGUAUUGCUUUCUGAACGGCGAGGUGAGGGCUGAGGUGUCGCGGGCGCUUCGGAGCAGCAAGUGGUCGCGUCUACGCGGCCGAUGGGGUCCGCGACCUUCGACGCACUCCGUCAGCGUGUGUAGCUGCAACGUCUCCGGGAAGCCGGACCGAUGCUCCAAACGACCCGGCAGGUGGUGGAGGGCGCGCUGGAAGUCACCGUCCUGCAUGUUCCAGGAGCGAGCGACCCGUCGGUCCACCCACUCGAUGGCGAGUACACAAGAUGAUGGAACGAGAGGAGGUAGUUUAGCGAGCAGCAGGGGCUACCUAGAGCUCGCCGGCAAUGGUCAGUCGGCGACGGGGCGGCAGGCGACGCGAAGCCAACAUGGUCGUCAUACGUCGCCGAUGUGCAGCAAAUAUACCGAUCAGUCGCUGCUUUCCUUCUGCUCGAACGUAUCGGAAGCGUCAGGGCCGAAUGUCAGCGACAGGAUACGUGAGCAGCAUCGAUGGAGCGAUUCCGAGUGCUGCCAUCUCGCGUACGAGUUGCACAAUCUACAGCAGCAGCACGGACAGCCGUGACAGCACGGACGCCUGGAUUUUCUUACGCCUGACGAAAAACCUGAUACGCAUGUCGCUUGUUUGUAAAUGUACACACAACGUUCAUACGCGCACACGCAUAUACCAUCGCAGGUGUGCAAAUACCAUCGCAGGUGUGCAAAUUAAUUCGGUGCCCUUCUCAUCGUGAUAGAAAUUUUAAUUUGAACCAGAAUUGCGGGACAUUAAAUGCAAGGGCAUCGAAUUAACUUGUACACCUAAUAUUCCCGAAAAGAGAGGCAAAACCGAAAAGUUUAGUCCGGAUCUAGAAUAGAUGUAGUACGCCCUUUAGUUAGCCUUAUACUCCAACAAGGAGAGGGUUUGGACUGUGCAUCUCAAAACGUGAGGAUUUGCAUUGAUAUAUUGCAUUUACAUUGUUGAGAAAUUAUAACGAUGUAAAGUUACUGUUACACCUGAAGCUGCAAUUAAACGUGUCGACUGGAUGGGUAAGUGUUGGACAAUGAAAUUAUAAAUAUUAUGCUAAAUUCGUUCACUUUGAUCAAUUUCACCACUUUCUGAGAUGCAUAAUCGAGCCCCAGCACGCAAGAAAUGAAAAUGUCGAAUAUCCGUCGUUACUCGUAACGACUUUUAUGCACACGCGACGUGAGUGAACGAAGAAGGCGGGUUACUAAAACCAAAUAUAUUUUAAUAUGGCUGUACGGGCUGUAGUACAUUAAGUAUAUUUUAAUAGGACUAUAUUUCCGAUGGCCGCACUUCGCAAGAAACCUAUAGUCAAUUAUCUUGUACACACAUUUGCUAUUUCCUCUUAAUAGGAUACAUUGAUAUCGCAUAAAAAUUAAUAUAUUUCUGGCGUUACUUUAUUUAUUAUUGCCGCGAAAACAUUCUGUUUUCCACGUUUGAUAAAACGGGUAUCGAAAUCAUUUUUUAUUGUUUACACCGAGGUUGUAAAUAUAUCGGUGCAUCGUCUUUAAGCUGACAACAAUAUCGACGAAUUACUCGGCAAAUUUGAAUUAAGAGGAUAUGCUAGACAUAAUUAAUGUACAAAUAAAUGUUUGAAAGUUCCUCGUUAAGGAAUGCACGGAUAACGCUAUUGUGAAGUUCUGUGUUAUGUAUUUAGGAUAUAAGAAUAUUCCUUUUCGUAAAUAUAAACGUUCGGCCGAAUAGUUUACGUCACAUGCUUUCACUUGCUCUUUUCUCUCUAUAUGUAUGUGCACGUAAUCAAAAUUGUAUCAAAACGGCAUGAUAGAUACGUUUGAUGUAAAACUUACGUAAAACCAAUGAAUGAAUUGUAUUAUAAUAUGAA